AUGCACCAUCAAUGUAUGGAAAACUACUGGAGUGCUAUGCUGCAGCCUCAGCUGUGCUCGGACCCAAAUGUGCUCGAUUUCAAUACUCCCGACCUGGGCUGGGCACCUCAGAUGCCGCAAUUCAGCUGUCACCCUGCCGCAAUCCACACCCAACAGCAAACCCCACAACCAGUACUUCCGCAACCAGCCUCCAGUAUUCCAUUCGCGCCGCAGUUCAACAAUUCCGAUCACAAAUCUCAAGCACCCUCUACGCCGAGUCUCAUCUCUUGCCAAUGGCUGAUGCCCUGCGGCACAACCUGCGCGGCAACCUUCGCCACCAUAACCGACCUCAAGAAACACCUCAAAUCCACCCAUUGCCCGAAAGGCACCACGACUUGCGCCUGGAACGACUGCACCGCGACGUUCGGCUCCGAUGCCGCCCUCACAGGACAUAUCUCCAAAAAGCACCUCUCCUCCCUACUCAACACCGAACCCUCCACCUCCGCCGAUCCCAACUCGACCACUACCACUGCCUCCCUCCCUUUCAAAUGCACCUUCCCAGGCUGCACCAAGUCCUUCAUGUACAAGCAAGUCCUCAUGACUCAUCUGCAAUCACACACCACCAAUGGCAACAAAGCGUGGUGCCACAUCUGCAACGCAUUUCUCAACGCUGAAGGCAGCAAUUUCCGGCGACACAUGGCGAGCCACCGACCGAAACACGAACAUUUGGUGUGCAAGUGGCAUCAUUUGGGGUGCAAGAGAAGGUUUCCGAGGCUGGACAAUCUUCGAAGGCAUGAGAGUUGUUGCAAGUUUGGGAAGAAGGCGGCGAUGCAUCAUCAUCAUUAUCAUUUGCAUAAGGGUGAGGGGGCUGCUCACUGA